AUGGCGAGCUGGGAAGUCGGCACCCGGGCCUGGUUCCCCAACCAGGCCGAGGGCUUCAUCCCCGGCGAGCUGGCGGAGCGAAAGGCAUUAGGAGAUGGGAAGAUAGCCCUCGUCUUCACCCUCUCCGACGAGUCAAAGCAAGUCGUCGAAACCACAGAGACCGCGCUGCUCGACACGCAGAAUGCCUCCCUCCCGCCCCUGAUGAACCCUCCUAUGUUCGAGGCCGCCGAAGAUCUGACGAAUCUGUCCCAUCUGAACGAGCCGGCCAUCCUGCAGGCCAUCAAGCUUCGAUAUGCCCAGAAAGAGAUCUACACGUAUAGCGGUAUCGUUCUCAUAGCAACCAAUCCUUUCGCGCGGGUAGACUCCCUCUACGUGCCCCAGAUGGUGCAAGUAUAUGCUGGCAAGCAAAGAGCGUCCCAAGCACCCCAUUUGUUUGCCAUCGCGGAAGAAGCAUACACAGACAUGUUGCGAGACUCGCGGAAUCAGACCGUCGUCGUGUCUGGAGAGUCUGGCGCCGGUAAAACAGUCAGUGCCAAAUACAUCAUGCGCUACUUCGCGACGAGAGGAGCCCCUGGGCAAGCGAGCAAGGGGACCAAACCCAGAGCUGAUGCCAUCAGCGAGACGGAAGAGCAGAUCCUGGCAACCAACCCGGUCAUGGAAGCAUUUGGCAACGCGAAGACAACGAGAAACGACAACUCCUCUCGAUUCGGAAAAUACAUCGAAAUCAUGUUUGACUCGAAUACCGACAUUAUUGGUGCCCGGAUAAGAACGUAUCUGCUGGAACGAUCAAGACUCGUGUUUCAGCCCUUGAAAGAGAGGAAUUACCACAUAUUCUACCAGUUGGUGGCCGGCGCCACCGAAGAGGAGAAGCAAGAGCUCGGUCUGCUAUCGGUAGAGGAGUUCGACUACCUCAACCAAGGAAACGAGCCUACAAUCGACGGCGUUGACGAUGCUGCUGAGUUCGCUGCGACAAGGAAGUCGCUGACCACGAUCAACGUCUCUCCAGCUUCGCAAAAGGAGAUCUUCCGGGUCCUUGCAGCUCUUCUGCAUAUCGGUAACAUCAAGAUUACUGCCACGCGAACUGACUCCACCCUUUCUUCCAGCGAGCCGUCCGUGGUCAAGGCCUGUGAGAUCCUGGGUAUUGAUGCGGGUGACUUCGCAAAAUGGACGGUGAAGAAGCAGCUCAUUACGCGAGGAGAGAAGAUCACCUCAAAUCUCACUCAACAGCAAGCCACCGUUGUGCGAGAUUCAGUCGCCAAAUUCAUCUACUCUAGCCUGUUCGACUGGUUGGUCGAGACGAUCAAUCACGGCCUCGCGACUGACGAAGUCCUUCAGCGACUCAACACCUUCAUUGGCGUGCUCGAUAUCUAUGGGUUCGAACACUUUGCGAAGAACUCCUUUGAGCAAUUUUGCAUCAAUUACGCCAAUGAAAAGCUCCAGCAAGAAUUCAAUCAACAUGUGUUCAAACUUGAGCAGGAAGAAUACAUGCGGGAAGAGAUCGACUGGACUUUUAUUGACUUUUCCGACAAUCAGCCUUGUAUCGACCUGAUCGAAGGAAAACUGGGUAUCUUAUCGCUUCUGGAUGAGGAAUCUAGGCUCCCUAUGGGCUCGGAUGAGCAAUUCGUGACAAAACUGCACCACCAUUUUGCUGCAGAUAAGCAGAAGUUUUACAAGAAGCCCCGAUUUGGCAAAUCAGCCUUCACGGUUUGUCAUUACGCCCUUGAUGUCACCUACGAGUCCGAUGGCUUCAUCGACAAGAAUCGUGAUACGGUACCUGAUGAACAGAUGGAAGUCCUUAAGAAGUCCACGAACCGCUUCUUGGUCGAGGUGCUUGAAGUUGCCGCGUCAGUCAGAGAAAAGGAUACAGCCCAAACCUCAUCGAAGACGGUUGGUGCCGGGGGGGGACGCCGAGUCGGCGUGGCUGUUAAUCGCAAGCCCACCCUGGGCGGUAUCUUCAAGAGCUCUUUGAUCGAGCUCAUGCAAACCAUCAACUCGACAGAUGCACAUUACAUCCGAUGUAUCAAGCCUAAUGAAGCGAAGGAGUCGUGGAAGUUUGAAGGUCCUAUGGUGUUGAAUCAACUUCGGGCUUGUGGCGUCCUUGAAACUGUCCGCAUCAGCACGGCCGGUUACCCAACGCGAUGGACCUACGAGGAAUUUGCUCUUCGUUAUUACAUGUUGUGCCGAUCCGCCGAAUGGACGACCGAGAUUCGUACCAUGGCCCAAAACAUUCUUGUGAAAGCGCUAGGCAAGCUUGCCCACGAGAAGUCGGACAAAUAUCAGCUUGGUCUGACCAAGAUCUUCUUCCGCGCCGGCAUGCUCGCUUUCUUGGAGAACCUUCGGUCUGCCCGUCUCAAGGAGUGUGCUAUCAUGAUCCAGAAGAACUUGCGCGCGAAAUACUACCGCCACAAGUAUCUUGACGCUCGACAGUCCAUCCUCGGCUUUCAAGCCGCAACACGUGCAUUCCUCGCCCGACGGAAAGCUGAGGAAACGAGACAGACCAAAGCUGCCACCGAUAUCCAGAGAGUGUGGAGGGGCCAAAAGGUGCGAAAAGAGUAUCUUCGGAUCCGAAGCAACCUCAUCUUGUUCGAAUCGAUUGCCAAAGGCUAUCUGUGCAGGAAAAACAUCCUCGAAACACGUAUUGGCAAUGCAGCGAUUACAAUUCAGCGGGCCUUCCGCUCGUGGCGAGCACUGCGUGCCUGGAGACAACACCGCAGAAAGGUGGUUAUUAUACAGAACUUGUGGCGUGGUAGGGUUGCUCGGCGAGACUACAAGAAGAUGCGUGAGGAGGCACGCGAUCUCAAGCAGAUCUCCUACAAACUGGAAAACAAGGUCGUGGAGCUUACACAAUCGCUGGGAGCUCUGAAACGAGAGAACAAGGGUCUGGUCUCGCAAUUGGAGAACUACGAGAGUCAACUGAAGUCGUGGAGGUCAAGACACAAUGCUCUGGAAACUCGGACUCGAGAACUUCAAAGCGAGGCCAACCAAGCUGGCAUUGUCGCAGCGCGGUUGGCUGCGCUGGAAGAAGAUCACGCCAAGCUCCAGAGCAGUCACGACGAGCAUAUGGGCAAUGCUAAGAGGCUGCAAGAAGAAGAACGCAAGCUGCGGGAGUCGCUCAAAACUUCCAAUGCCGAGCUGGAGAGCCUACGGCAAUCGGUAUCGGCGCACGAGAGCGAAAAGGGCACGCUGAGGCAGCAAAUUAACGAGCUACAAGAUCAGCUUGAAAUCGCCAGACGCGCCCCUCCUCCGCCGGCGACGAACGGUGCCACCAACGGAGAAUAUGUCAACGGCACCUCACAGCUCGCAAAUGGUCUGAUCAAUCUCGUUUCCUCCAAAAAGCCUGUCAAGCGACGGAGUGCUGGGGCCGCUGAGAGAAGCGAAACGGACCGAUACAGCGGCGCAUACAGCGCUCGGCCUAUGUCCAUGGCGAUUGACACCCACAGCAAGACUCUCUCCGGUUCUACGUUCAAUCCGGGUUUGGACAGCGUGGAAGUGGAACUUGAAAACCUCCUUGCGCAAGAGGAAGAACUCAACGAUGAAGUCACGAUGGGUCUCAUUCGAGGCAUCAAGAUCCCUCAGCCAGGCGCCAACCCUCCUCCGACAGACAAAGAAGUCUUGUUCCCCUCCUACCUCAUCAAUCUGGUGACUUCGGAGAUGUGGAACAAUGGCUUCGUCAAGGAAUCCGAGCGCUUCCUCGCCAAUGUUAUGCAAUCCAUCCAGCAAGAAGUUAUGCAACACGAAGGGGAGGAAGCAAUCAACCCGGGCGCGUUCUGGUUGUCUAACGUCCACGAGAUGCUAUCCUUCGUCUUCUUGGCCGAGGACUGGUAUGAGGCUCAAAAGACGGACAAUUAUGAGUAUGAUCGCCUGCUUGAAAUUGUCAAGCACGACCUGGAGAGUCUCGAGUUCAACAUCUACCAUACCUGGAUGAAGGUGCUGAAGAAGAAAUUGCACAAGAUGAUCGUGCCCGCUAUCAUUGAAUCGCAGUCCCUUCCCGGCUUCGUCACGAACGAGAGCAACCGUUUCUUGGGCAAGUUGCUUCCGUCCAACAAUACGCCUGCCUACAGCAUGGACAACCUGCUCAGCUUGCUGAAUAAUGUCUUCAAAGCGAUGAAAGCGUAUUACCUCGAGGACAGCAUCAUCACUCAGACAGUGACGGAACUGCUGCGUCUCGUCGGUGUCACAGCUUUCAACGAUCUCCUCAUGAGGCGCAACUUCCUCUCGUGGAAGCGUGGAUUGCAGAUCAACUACAAUAUUACGAGGAUUGAAGAAUGGUGCAAGAGCCAUGAUAUGCCCGAGGGCACACUGCAAUUGGAGCAUCUCAUGCAAGCUACGAAACUGCUGCAAUUGAAGAAAGCGACGCUCAACGAUAUCGAGAUCAUUCAGGACAUCUGCUGGAUGUUAUCGCCCAACCAGAUCCAGAAACUUCUCAAUCAGUACCUCGUCGCAGACUACGAGCAGCCCAUUAACGGUGAGAUCAUGAAAGCCGUGGCCUCGAGGGUGACCGAGAAGAGUGAUGUGCUGCUGCUUGCCCCAGUGGACAUGGAAGACAGCGGGCCUUAUGAGAUUGCUGAACCGAGAGUCAUCACCGCGUUAGAGACGUAUACUCCGUCAUGUAAGUUUCAUCCCCAUGAGGUCUAA